AUGAACAAGCUACCAGCAUCCAAGAUACCUAAAGACGGACCUGGCCCGAGGGGACUCCCAGAUUGCUAUUACACGUCAAGAGUAUUGAAUUCCACAUUUCGAUACGUGAAAUUCGUGAAGAGACUUCGAGCCGAGGAAGAGGAGCAGCGCCGCGGUGCCGAGACCAGACUCAAAGAGCUGACAGACAAACAGAACAGCGAUUUCUUCAUUCGAUGUGAUCGCAGAUCUUUAAUAAACAAUGUUGCACGCCGUGUCGAUUUAUGUAUGGCAUCUUAUCAGGAGGACUUGCAGAAGAAGCGACAAAGAUUGCUAGAACUCUUCCAACAAGAAGAAGAAGCUAAUAUUCGUAAAUUCGUGGAACAAGCGCAGGCGGGCGCCGAGGCUCUAUGGCAAGAUAAGAAAGACCGCUUGCAGUACUUGCUUGCGAAAAGGAAGAAAGAACACGAAGACAAAUACAAAGAAACGCCUCUAUCGAAAUGCGUCCACGUUUUGCCCUGCAUCUACAAGUUGCGCGCCAAAGAGGCAGAAGAAAUACAACUGUAUCAAAUUAAAGAGAAAGAAGCCAGAAAAAUGGCUGAGAAGGAGUUUGAUAAGAUGUGGCACGAAGUCACGAUGAAGGAAUCCGAAGCGUUGGCAGCCAGAAUGGAACAGGACGCGAUAGAACGUCUAAGACGCGACUUGGAAUGUAAACAGUACUCUGAUCAGCAAUUGGAACAGAGAAGAAUUCAAAGGGAAAAAGAGAGGGAGAUGCUGAAAGAAGAAUCGAAGAGAUUUAAGGCUAUUUGGGACGAGGACAUCAGGAAGGAACAAGAAGCUGAACAUCAGAGAGCAGAGAAGCGUAAAGAAACAGCCCGCGAACGUAUGGAGAUGAUUCUGGAAAGACAGGAGACUGUUAGGAAACAGCAAGCCGAGGCUAAGCUCAUUGCUGACACGUGGGAUUCUCUAACGGGCCAAGGUAUAGCCGAUGAGAAAGCGGCUAUCGAGUUGAGGAGACGGAAAGAGCGCGAACUAAACGAAUGCAAUAAAAAAAUGAUUGAAAUGAAAAAAGAGCUGGAGAAAUUGGAACGCGCGAGCGACGGAGACUUCCAGCUGGAGGCAGCGAGGAGACAGGAGUUGGUCGACAAAAAGCGCUGCGAAUAUUUAACCUGGUCACAGAAGACUAACAAAGAAGUACGGCAAGCGAUGAUCGACCAGAUAAAGGAACGUGAAUCGGCACGUAAUGUCCUGAAAGAGAAACUGGCUGAGCAGGACGAGUACUACCGGCAAUUGUUCAGUCAGCUGGAGGGGCUCGCGGCUCACAAAGAGAAGACGGACGCCGAGGCGAGGAGGCAUCACCAACGCGACCUGCUCGACCAGAUCAAGUACAACCAGAUGCUGAAGGAGCGUGCGCGACAAGCCGAAUUGGAUGAGAUCAAGAAAUGUCAGAUCGCAAAAGAAGAAUACGAACGGGAGAUCAGCAAGAUGUUGUGCCGACCGCAUUUCAGUGACGAGGUUCAUCCAUUCAUGAAACAAAUGGUGAAAGGUUUGAAGAUGUCUGAGAAAUGUCCCUGCUCUAAGUCGGACUAUUGUUCUUAG